CCCAGGCGGCCGGAGCUAGGACGAGAUUAGGGCAGAGACCUGGAUCUGGGAGUAGAGCUAACGCCGGAAAAGGUGAGAAACGAGAGCAGUAAGCCCGCGUGGAUGAGUUAUGGGCUUCAGAGGUUCCCGUACACGUCAGAGCGGCGUUGUCUCUUGCCGGAGCUGCGCUCUAGCCCACCCGGAAAAUGCUUCGCCCCGCCCAACGCGGGCCCCGCCCCGCGACCGCCAGCGGGACCAGACGAUUACUCUUGCAGUCCCCUGUACGCUGUUCGGAUGGCCCAAUACGAGGAGGUGAACGUGUCCGGCUUUGAGGAAUUCAACCAGGCUGUGGAGGAGCACAAUGGGAAGACUAUUUUCGCCUACUUUACUGGUUCUAAGGACGCCGAAGGGAAAAGCUGGUGUCCCGACUGUGUGCAGGCUGAACCAGUCGUUCGAGAGGGGCUGAAGCAUAUUAGUGAAGGAUGUGUGUUCAUCUAUUGUCAAGUAGGAGAAAAACCUUAUUGGAAAGAUCCAAACAAUGACUUUAGGAAAAAACUGAAAGUAACUGCAGUGCCUACACUACUUAAAUAUGGAACACCUCAAAAACUGGUAGAAUCUGAGUGUUUUCAAGCCAGCCUCGUGGAGAUGUUGUUCUCUGAAGAUUAAGAUUUAAUGAUGGCAAUCAUGUUUUGAUUUGUGCUAGUAUUAAAAUGCACACUUCCUUUGAA